CGGCGGUAGCGGCUGCUCGUGGCUGCUCAGCGCGGCCCCCGCGCCCUGUCCGAGGCGGAGCCGCCCAGGUGUCCUGGACGAUGCUGGCGUGGCCCUAGGCCCAGACCCUACACCAUGACCUGCUGGCUGCCUAUGCUGGGCUUGCAACUGCUACUGUUGCCCACGGCGCCUCCUCUGGCCGCUGGCUGCCCUGCCCGCUGCGAAUGCUCCGCAUCCACACGCACAGUGGCCUGUGGGCGCCGCCGGCUGACUGCCAUCCCCGACGGCAUCCCAGCAGAGACACGCCUGCUGGAGCUCAACCGCAACCGCAUCCGCUGCCUGAACCCUGGGGACCUGGCCUCGCUGCCCAACCUGGAGGAGCUGGACCUCAACCACAACGUGAUUGCACAUGUGGAGCCUGGGGCGUUCGCCAACCUGCCCCGGCUGCGCAUCCUGCGUCUCCGUGGCAACCAACUGAAGCUUAUCCCACCCGGCGUGUUCACGCACCUGGACAGCCUCACGCUGCUGGACCUCAGCGAGAACAAGCUGGUCAUCCUGCUGGAUUUCAGCUUCCAGGACCUGCGCAGCCUCCAGCGGCUGGAGGUGGGCGACAAUGACUUGGUGUUCAUCUCCCGCAGGGCCUUCGCGGGUCUGCUGGGGCUGGCCGAGCUCACCUUGGAGCGCUGCAACCUCACGUCGCUGUCCCCUGAGUCGCUGGGCCACCUGCGGGGCCUGGGCGCUCUGCGCCUGCGCCACCUGGCCAUUGCCGCCCUGGAGGACCAGAACUUCCAGAAGCUUCCGGGCCUCCUGCAUCUGGAGAUCGACAACUGGCCGCUGCUGGAGGAGGUGGCCCCGGGCAGCCUUCGUGGGCUGAACCUCACGUCGCUGUCCAUCACGCACACCAACAUCACGGCCGUACCGGCCGCCGCGCUGCGACAGCAGGCCCACCUCACGUGCCUCAACCUGUCGCACAACCCCAUCAGCACGGUGCCGCGGGGCUCCUUCCGGGACCUGGUGCGCCUGCGCGAGCUGCACCUAGCCGGGGCCCUGCUGGCCGUCAUCGAGCCGCAGGCCUUCGUGGGGCUGCGACAGAUCCGCCUGCUCAACCUCUCGGACAACCUGCUGUCCACGCUGGAGGAGAACACGUUCCACUCCGUGAACACGCUCGAGACGCUGCGCGUGGACGGCAACCCGCUGGCCUGUGACUGUCGCCUGCUGUGGAUUGUGCAGAGGCGGAAGACCCUGAACUUCGACGGCAGGCUCCCCGCCUGCGCCACCCCUGCUGAGGUGCGUGGCGAUGCCCUGCACAACCUCCCUGAUUCCGUGCUCUUCGAGUACUUCGUGUGUCGCAAGCCCAAGAUCCGGGAGAGGCGGCUGCAGCACGUAAUGGCCACCGAGGGAGACGACGUGCGCUUCCUGUGCCGGGCCGAGGGAGAGCCCAUGCCCACCGUGGCCUGGGUGACGCCCCAGCAUCACACGGUGACGGCCGCCAGCCGGGGCCGCACACGCGUGCUGCCUGGGGGCACGCUGGCAGUCGUGGACACGAGGCCCCAAGACAGUGGCACCUACACGUGCGUGGCCAGCAACGCCGGAGGCAAUGACACGUAUUUCGCCACCUUGACCGUCCAGCCGGCCGCCAACCGGACCCAGGGCAAUGGGCUCAAUGAAACCCAGGUGGGCGUCCGGUUCCCGCUGGACCUCACCACCAUCCUGGUGUCCACCGCCAUGGGGUGCAUCACCUUCCUGGGCGUGGUCCUCUUCUGCUUCCUGCUGCUUUUUGUGUGGAGCCGCGGCCGAGGGCAGCACAAGAAUAACUUCUCCGUGGAAUAUUCCUUCCGUAAGGUGGACGGUCCAGCAGCCGCGACCGGCCAGGGCGGCGCACGCAAGUUCAACAUGAAGAUGAUCUGAGUCGGCCCCACGGUGGGCUGGUGGGGACCUCUCAGACCUCCAUCCAGUCCCGGAUAAUUUCCACCUAUGCAUAUCUGUUUUCCAGGGGGUAAGCAUGGAGGCCGAAUGUCCUCGGUUUUUGUAGACAUCUAUUGGACUGUUUUUGAGCAGAUCACACACCUUUUGCAGUUCCUGGCUUGUUUUCUAAUGGUUUCAACCUGUCUUUUUCACCCUCUGCUGUGGCUCCUGGGCUGAGACCCAAAGUGGCUGGGGGACACUCAGGGUCCAAGGUUCCCUAUGCAGGUGCAGGCUGUGGCCCAAAAGCCCCUACUCGGCAUCAAUUUCCCCAGAUGCCUAUGGUGGGAGGCCCCUGGGGACACAGUACAGACAGACAUAGUGCUUACAGUGAAUGCCUCUUUGGCUCACUGGGCACACACAGGGCCCAAGGCUGCAGGGACCCUGAGAGGACAGGGUGUGCACUGGCUCCUGUUCACUGCUACUUGGCCAAUGGCCACCCUGCUGAGUGGGAGCCCCAUCCCCCACCAGAAACUUCUACCUGCCUGAAGAAGCCAUGUCCCCUACAGGUCCCUCCAUCCUGCCUUGCUGUAUUCCUAGAUAUCUGCCCACAAGAGUGGCUGCUCUGGGUCCCAGGAGAGGCUCUGCAGAUGUAGUCCCCUUGGGGCAGCGUGAGCAGCAGGGGCUCAGAGGGCAGACCCAGUCACCUAUCCCAACUAGGUUCCUCCCCCAGCAUCCACCUCUGUCCCUUCAGUUAGGGACAACAGACUGCAGCUCUCCUCCUGCCCAGCUGUGACAUCUGUGGUUUCCUGGGCCCCUCGGUGUCUUCCUUUACAGAACAUAUCUGAGCCUGCAGCCUUUGCCCAGAGAGUCCAGAGAGAAACACAACUUCAUGCAAUCAAAGCUCAGACCAAGCUUGGCUGGGAACAUGGGGACUCUUUGGUCCUGGGCUCCCUCCUUAACCUCUGCAUCACAUGCAAACUGGUCAACAAGACACAAGGGACUGGGCGGAAUGGCAUCUCCAGACUCCAUCUCUUUGGUCCUGGAGUAUCCUCUUAGCCCCUGUUGCCAUGGCAACCCUGAGGGCCCAAAACAACAACCAAUGCUAUCCAAGUGCCUUUAGAAUCAUUAAAAGAUAGGAGGGUACACUUCCGGCAGGGCUAGGGGUCACAAAGUGUCAGAACGUUACAGUGGGGUUCCCCAUUCCCAACCUCUAUCCUCACCCACUGCGUUGAACUGAAAUCCAA